GCCUAACGAAUAUCCAAGGCAACUAAGCUCGAUCCCGCUUGACUUUUCUAUGGGCCGUGGCCACCUCUAGUUUGGGCCUCUGUACUCUGUUUAUGCUGCUAGAGCCUAGAAUUACGAAAUGAAACUUGCUGUAUAUUAGCCUACUAGGAUACAUGAUUGAGUUUCGUUGCUUGCUUACUGACAGUUUCAAGAAAACUUUGUUGGAUUUUUUCCCAUGUUUUUUCUCUUCCGGCAUGGACAAAGAAAAAAACCAGCUGACUGUAAAAACUUCUGCUUCUCUUUGUCAUAAAAGAGAAGUUAUCAUUGCAGUGGGGUGAACUACCCCAUUAAAAUUUCUGUUUCUAUUAAUGUUACUCUAUUUUAUAAAGAUGCGUGAACAUAUUCCUUUUUUUUUCUUCCAUUGACAAUCCCUUUAUCGUUAAUAAAGUUAUUUCGUUUUACUCAAAGGGCACUUAAUUUGGUUGAUGAGCUAAGUAAAUUUCAUAAACCUAUCCAAAAAAAAAAAAGGAUUUUCGAUUUCCUUAAUUUCUUCCAAUGAUUUAUUUAUAUUCGCACCUAAGGAAUGGAUAUUCCAAUUGUCCUUAAAUAAAAAUUUAGUUGCCGGGACAAGUGGCAUCCAUCUUUCUGAUCGCUGACAGUUUAUCUUUACAAGGCAGCAGUCGAACCCAAGGUUUUCUUUUUUUUUUUUUCUGAGUACCAAAGUAACAACCAAACUACGUUCUGUCCAAUCGUCUUGACCAACACAUACCUUAGUACUAUCCAAAAACAGCAUCAACUACCAGUCUGACUAUGAUUUAUAAAAAAAAAAUCUAUGGGUUUCUUAUUUCAGGGAUCUACGGCAAAUAUGCAGUCAGUCUUUCAUUGAUUCGUACUCGGGUAGGAGUGUAGGACUUUGAUAUCUGAAAGGUGAGGCCUGGAAAAUGAAUGAGAAGUACUCUUAGAUGCGUAUCUAGCUGUGAAUAUUCCCCUCGGAAUUUUCUUCUACUGUAUAUAAAGGUGGGAGAUAAUUCUAGUUUCCGCAUUGAGUGUUUUUGGGAUUUCUAGGGAAACGCUGGAUUAGAAUUAGAGAUGUUUGUUGUGAGGUGGGAUUGUUUCAGUUUUGCCUUAGUUUUUGCGGUGAGCUUUAUUCUUAGUAGAGCUGAGGUUUGUAAUGGUGGAAGAACCAGCAGUUUUGUAAGGAAUGAUCAAUUGUCUAAUGAUAUGCCACUGGACAGUGAUGUGUUCCAAGUGCCUCCAGGUUACAAUGCUCCGCAACAGGUCCAUAUAACACAAGGGGACCAUUUGGGAAAGGGUGUGAUCAUCUCUUGGAUUACUCAAGAUGAACCUGGUUCAAGUUUAGUCCUUUACCGGGCGGAAAACAGUGAACUCAAAAGCAGUGCAGAAGGCAUUGUUCUUACUUACAAGUACUUCAAUUACACUUCGGGUUACAUUCACCAUUGCACCAUCAGGGAUUUGGAGUCUGAUACCAAGUAUUACUAUGAGGUCGGGAUUGGGAACACAUCAAGACAAUUCUGGUUUAUAACUCCCCCUGAAGUUGGCCCUGAUGUAGCAUACACUUUUGGCCUCGUAGGUGAUCUUGGGCAAACUCAUGAUUCAAAUAGGACACUCACCCAUUAUGAAUUAAACCCAGCAAAAGGACAGACACUAUUGUUUGUAGGAGAUCUCUCCUAUGCAGAUGCCUAUCCAUUUCAUGACAACUCUAGAUGGGAUACAUGGGGAAGGUUUAUAGAGCGAAAUGCUGCAUAUCAACCUUGGAUAUGGACAGCAGGGAAUCACGAAAUAGAUUUUCUUCCUGAUAUAGGAGAAGUUAUACCUUUCAAGCCCUAUGUACACCGUUAUCAUGUACCCUAUAAAGCAUCAGGGAGUACGUCUCCUUUCUGGUACUCCAUCAAGAGAGCUUCAGCAUAUAUCAUAGUCAUGUCUUCUUACUCAGCUUAUGGGAAAUAUACACCUCAGUACAAAUGGCUUGAAAAGGAGUUUCCAAAAGUGAACAGGACAGAGACACCAUGGCUCAUUGUUCUUAUGCAUUGUCCUUUUUACAGCAGUUACGUGCAUCAUUAUAUGGAAGGGGAGUCGAUGAGAGUAAUGUAUGAGCCAUGGUUCGUGGAGUACAUGGUUGAUGUUGUAUUUGCUGGACAUGUUCAUGCCUAUGAAAGAUCUGAACGUAUAUCAAAUAUUGCAUAUAAUGUUGUGAACGGAUUGUGCACUCCCAUAAGGGAUCCAUCUGCUCCAGUGUACAUAACCAUUGGAGAUGGAGGAAAUCUGGAAGGAUUAGUGACAGAGAUGACAGAGCCACAGCCAAGCUACUCAGCUUACCGCGAAGCCAGUUUUGGCCAUGGAAUAUUAGAUAUAAAGAACAGGACUCAUGCUCACUUUAGUUGGCAUCGAAAUCAAGACGGUUAUGCUGUGGAAGCUGAUUCCCUGUUGUUGCACAACAGAUAUUGGACCGUUUCAGAAGAAUCAGCUGUAGCAGGAAUGUGAUUCGCUACUUUGACAGGCAUGGAUGAUGAAACUAUUCAAGAUUUACCUUGUCAUGCUUUAAUCAGCUUUAAUUGCUACUUUUACAGGCAGAGGCAAUUAACUGUCAAAAUCUGUAUUAUUUGUGAAUCUCUUCAUGUUUGUUGCUUGAUGGUUUGUUCUGGUUGAAAUAGUGAACAGUACAGUGUAUGGAUACAUAUUGCUUUCAUUUUUUUUAUCUCUCUCUUUCAUGAUCAUAAUAAUUCAUAACAGUAACAAAUUUGAUGUAGGUAGAAAAUGAAGUUUAACGUUGUUAAUUUGAAAAAAAAAAAAGAAGGAUGAAAGGAAAAAGUAAGUGGACAAGAAAAAAGCUACAUGGUUGAAACAUUCAGUCAUAUAAUUAAUUAUUGUCAGCACAGCCGGAGUUUAAAUGGACAGUCUAUUAGUUGUUUAUUUAUUGGUUACUUCUGCUUAUCAUGUUUUAAUAUUAAGAUAAAAUAAAAAAAAACAAACACGUCUGAAAUAUAAAAUCAUUUCAUGUGGUGGCCAUUAGCCCAUUAGGUCCUAUAGACCAACUUUUUCAAGGUAAAUAGUUCAGUGGCAUAAUUUCCUCUCAGUUUAUAACGUCUUAUCUACUGAAUUUCGUAUGAUACAUAUCCAUUUCCUAGAAAGGGCAUUCAAAAAACUGGACACCAGUAAAAAGAAUCAAGAAACUAUACUUACCAUUUGCAACCACUGAUGUCUCAAAGGUAUAAGAAUUAUGUUGAAGGCACAAGAUACCCCAGAUAUAUGUUCUAGUCAGAUGGCCCUGCUCAAAGUCUUUGACCCUUCUGUUAUUUGUCUUCAAUGUUUGAUAUUGAGUCAAUCUGAGUUCUGCAAUGGAGGAAUAACUAGUACCUUUGUUUUCCGAGUUCCUCCUGGUUAUAAUGCACCUCAACAGGCAUGCUCGUUUCUUCUUUCUAAUUGCAUACUGUUCUUUCAAUUAUUGCGACUCCUGCUAAAUGUGUUACUGGAAUUCAAGUGUUGUUUUUUCUAUUUCUAACAUUUUAAUGGGUUGUUUAAACUU